GCCUCCAGGUCGCAGGGGGGCGCUGCAGCCUCGGAGGAGGCGAGUUUUGGUUUUAACCCGGCGAAGGAUGUUUGAAUCGCUUUGAAUCCCUCUGUAGUUAAAGUGCCUCCUGUCCACAUGUCUGUCCUCUCAUCACAAACUCCCGUUGUGUUCCCGACGCGUCUGUAGGCGCGCGGAUUCCCUCGCGAUGUCAGCGACAGGCGGGAAACUGCGGAAGAAGAGCAGCGACGUAGCAGUUCAAGGAACCAAUGACAGCAGCGUGCUCAGCAAGGCGUCGGCUGCAGCGCGGGGCUACUUCAGGGACGUCUUCAUCCAGCACUUUGUGUGCAAAGUGGUCAGAAGAUCUCCUCUCAUUAACAGGGGUUAUUACGUGCGCUGGCGAGCCGUGGACCACUGUGUGCGAAGGUUUCUGCAGACCACAGACUGCUGCCCCAGAAGACAGGCAAAUCCUGUCUCUGGGCGCAGGCUUCGACUCGCUGUUCUUCCGCCUACAUGCUGACGCUCUCCUGGACAGGGCCUCUGUGUUUGAGCUGGACUUCCCUGAUGUGGCUCACCGCAAAGCAGCUCUGAUCUCAUCCAGUGAGCCCCUGAAGGAGAGGCUGGACUGCUUCUCACCCCCUCUUCCAGGACCCAUUCAUCUGUCUAGCAGUCACUACCAACUGGUAGGGGUGGAUUUACGGGACCAGAAGCAGGUGGAGGCUGCCCUGAGAGCCGCGGGUAUGGACUGGGCCGCCCCCACCCUCAUUCUGUCUGAGGUGGUGCUCACCUACAUGGAAACCCAACGGUCCGACGCCAUUAUCAGCUGGGCAGCCAAGCUCCUCCCACAGUCUCUCUUUGUGAUGUAUGAGCAGGUUCGCCCUCACGAUCCUUUCGGGUGCAUCAUGCAGGAGCAUUUCCUCAAGAUGAACUCACCUCUUCACGCGCUGACGCAGUACCCAGACAUCUCUGCUCAGAGGCAGCGCUUCCUGGACAAGGGUUGGCAGCAGUCUAUGUGUCUGGAUAUGAACCAGUUCUAUUUUGGGCUUGUGUCUGAGGAGGAGCGGGACCGAGUGGAGAGCCUGGAGCCAUUCGAUGAGUACGAGGAGUGGCACCAGAAAUGCUCCCACUACUUCAUCCUCACAGCCAGUGCAGGUGCGCUGAUGGAUCAGGCCCUGCUGGUUCCUCGAACAAAGCUCCGCCCCUCACCUGUCGCCUCACCGGGCCAGCCGCCAUCCUCCGUCCCGUCCUGCAGAGCCCGUCCCAUUCCCACGUGUGUGGAGGGCCUGGGGAUGGCUUCCUCCUGCCUGUGGGGGGGGUACAUACUGCUAACAGGGGGCAUCAGCAGAACAGGGAGGGGGGCAGAGACCCGGGUGCUGCUCAGAGAUCAGGAGGGGUGGAGCAUGGUCUGCACCGAGCAGUCUGCAGGUCCAGGCAUGCGGCUCCACCAUUCGGCCACGCCCCUUCCCGGAGGAGCCGUGCUUCUGUACGGGGGGCGCUCCUCGCCGCUGCGUCCGGUCACAGACCUGCUCAGAGUCUCCUUUCAGCCCUGCAGCCCUGCUCUGGGAGCUCAGAAGAUCCAGGUGGAACCGCUGACCUGCACGGGGGAUUCGCCCCCCCCAAGGUGGAGACAUACUGCAGCGGCAGUCAGACACAGAGAUAGAGACUUCCUGUUUGUGUUUGGUGGGAAGAACCAAUCAGAGCGGGCGCUGGGAGACAUUGGUUUCUUGUGUCUGGACGACCUGCACUGGACUCAGGUCCCAGUGGAGGGAGUCACACCGGCGCCUCGACACUCCCACUCAGCCUGUUCGUAUGAGGGGGGGGUGCUAGUGUUCGGUGGACUGGGCGAAGGGGGGGCGCCGCUGGGCGACAUUAGCGUGUUGGGGCAGACAGAAAGAGGCUUCUGCUGGGAGAGGAUUGAUGUGCACCCGCCUCCUGAGCCCCGAUACUCCCACCGAGCUCAUGUGGUGGGGCAAAAGCUCCUUGUGGUGGGGGGGGUGUGGAUGUUCUCUGAGGGCGUCCCGGGCCUUGCUGUGAUCGACCUGGCCACAUGCACCAGCGUGGAGUUCAGUCUGGACACGGCGUCCGUGCCCCACCCUCUGAUGCUGCACUCCUUCUGCUCCGAACUCACCGCCUCUGAGGAGCCAGAGCUGCUGCUGAUGGGAGGAGGAGGGAACUGCUUCUCCUUCGGGACUCACUGGAACCGCCACCUGGUCAGCGUGGAGCUCCCAGCUGUCCUGACACUCAGCACUGUAGCAUCAUAGGCCUGUGUGCUGACCCCUCCCAUCAUUCAUCAUUAAACAAAACCUCAGUUGCAGAAUUAUGACAACUUGUUUUCAUAAAAAUGUUUUUAUAAUAGGAUUUUUUUACUGCAAGUGUAUGGAGAAUCAUUCUGCAGAGCAUGCUGGUCUUUGUGUCAUCACAAUGUUAAAGAUUUCUUUUAUUGCUCACUCAAGACUCUCCAAAACAUCGACCAAUAAACGUUUUUUAUGAGGACAAACUGUUGGCAAAGAGGAUUCGAUAAUCAUUGCUCAUUCUUUCUGAACUUCUUA